AUGCCCGUGCAAACGAGUCCACCGUCCUUCCCGGACUCAUUUCCUUCAUUCAUGUCCGUCUUUGGCGGUCCUCUACCGCGAUACAAAGACGAGGAAACCACCAUUCACCCUCUACAAUAUCCAACUCAUGUCCCGGUCAACGCGCGCCUGCUCCCUUCCCCUCAUCGCGAAAGCGUCUCGUCCAUGACGUCCGCCUCAACCGAGUCCUCCCCGACCACGACUAUUUCUCCUUUUGACUCGCCCGGUGGGGGUGACGUCUCCCCGAGUUCAUCGCCAGAAUCUCCCUCGGCCAUGUCGGUCUCGUAUCCGAAAUACAUGCCGACCACCCGGCCUAUGGAGAUUCCUCCCCGAUCUAUCGCGCCAGAGCCCCUGUUGCGUCCGACCCCUCCGCGUCCUGACUCUCCGGGUCGGCGGGCGCGUAAUCUGAAGAACCUCUCACUGCGGAUGCCGCCUCCGUCUAUGUCUCGUCCUCCCAUGGCCACGGCCUCACUGGUGGAAACCUCAUCCCACAGGCUCGCCCCACCAUCACCCCUCCAGAUUCCCCAGAAGAGUUCGAAGCGCCGUCCCGCCAACCUGACCAUCCGUACACCUACAUUUGACAAGACAUUUGCCAACGACGAUCUCCCACGACCCAUGUCGCACCAUGGAGUACGUAGCUUCUCUACACCAAAUGAAGAAAGUGGAAUGGAUGGAUCUGGCUUCUCUCGCCGUGUGCUGCCCGGUUUAGAAGAGGAGGAUGAUCACCUCGACUCACGCGAGUCGACUCGCAAAAAGGAUCGUGGAUACCCUGACGGGCCAAUCCGGAUCUACGAUACUGGCGUUUACCUGUAUCUGGAGCCAACAGCCGAGGAAGCCUCCCAGUUUGAUGUGGUCAUCAACGUCGCCAAGGAAGUCAACAACCCCUUCAGUCCGGCCAAGGAGGAGCGAAACGACACAGUGAUGAGCACCUGGCGUAACGCCUCCAUAGCCUCGAAGCGCUGGUCUGGUGAGCCUCAGACUGCAGUGUCAGAGAUCUCCUUCAAGUCUGCUUUUGAAUUCCAGCCUUCGGACUCUGAAUCUGCCACCCCCACUACAUCAACUCCUGCACCACAACCCGAGUAUCUCCAUGUCAGCUGGGACCACAACUCCGAAAUCCUCGAUGAUCUCCUCCCUCUUUGUGAACUCAUCGAUGACCGGAUCGCUAGUGGAAAAAAGGUUCUCAUUCACUGUCAGCUCGGUGCCAGUCGUUCCGCCUCGCUGGUGAUUGCCUAUGGAUUGUACAAGAACCGACACAUGGAUUUCAACUCUAUGUACGAAGUGGUCAAGGCCCGGAGUCAGUGGGUAGGUCCCAACAUGAGUCUCAUCUACCAGCUCACCGACUUCCGAUCGCGGUUGAUGCGUGGAUCGACCUCGAAGCCCCCUCCCCAGGAGUGGUUUGUUCAAACUGGCCGACGCAGCUCAGAGCCUCAGGUUGCCCGCGCCGAACGCCCUGCCACCGACAACCGACCGGCUUUCCGUGGACUAUCCCAGGCACCAUCCAUGAGCUGCCUUUCCAUCCCAGAAACACCCUCGAUGCGUCCCACCACCAGCGACAGUAGUUACACCAAGUUCAAGUCUUACUCUCCAAAGAGGAGCUUGUCCCCUCGUCCCCUUCCAUUCCGCCAGAAGUUCCAAUCCGUGGAACCAGCAUCAGGUCGGCCGCGAGGACUCCCACGCAGCGUCAGCAGCUGUGAUCCUCUUGUUCAAACGCACGUGUUUGUUCGCGAUGCGCCCGACCAAAGUGGUGGCCUCUUCUCACCUCGAACAAAUGAGUUCCUAUCACCACAGCCAAUGGCAACACGAUCCUUCCACCGAAUCGACCGGUCGGCAGCCCUCUCACCCCCUCCUAUGCCCAGCUCCGUCCAGUUCGCCGCUCAAACGGCCGAUCCCCGCUCGCCUCCCACAGCUGGCGAGCCCCUGAUCAUGAGAUCGAUUGAUGAAUUCCUCUGA